CAAAAACCCGUCAAGUUGUGAAAAAAGUUGAAAAGUGGAAAAAAUUUUUUCAUAUUCCUCUCCACAGCGAAAAAGAAAAAUAUAAUAAAUUUAUAAAAAAAAAAAAAAACUAAAAACAACCAAAUUCGGAAAAUGCCUAUUAAAUUAUUAAUAUAAUCUUAUAAAAAUAUAUUAAUUAUCGGCGGAUAUAAUAUCAAUCGUUGUCUAACAAAAAUAAUAUACAAAAACAACAAAAAAAAAAAAAAUUGCAAAAUCUCUAAUGUAUUUGUCACAAAGUGAAAACAACUACAGAAUUUGCAAUUAUUACUACAUUUUUAUUUAUUAUUUAUAUCAUCGAACUUUAUUAAAGACGACAAGGAGGACGACAUUUAGCCAGAAAAAUAACAGCAACACAACGAGAAGAAACAACCCCAACACAACACAAUCACAAUCAAAAACACAAAAACAACGUCAAUAAUAUGGCUAACCAAUUAGAUCCAAAUGUUAAGGAUGAUUUGAAAACUCAAUUUGUCACUAGAGAAGGCACCUAUCGCCUAAUGACUUUAUCCGAAUAUUCACGACCAAAUCGAGUUGGUUAUACAAAUAGUCAAAGUUCACCGCAAGUUCGUGUGUCGAUUGUUUCAUUGCCAAAUCCUACAAAUGGUCCUUUAUCAUCUACGACAAAUGCUAGCGCCAUUGUCAAUAGUUCCUCCUCCGCCAAUCCAGCGACGGUGGCGGCGACAGCUGUAACUUCGUUAUCAUCUUCUUCUAAUAACAAUUCAGAUAAUAACGAUCGACAGAAUAGUUAUUCGAAUUCUAUUGGAGGAGGAAUUCCUGGCGGCGGCGGUGGAGGAUUGUCAUCUUCAUCAAUUGAUUCACGUCUUGGCGCUGGAAUCUCUGGCAUUCAUAUGAAUGGCGGUGACCAUAAUGGAAUUGGUGGCGGUGGAAAUAUGUUUGGCGGCGAUCGGAUUUGUUUUAAUUUUGGAAGGGAAUUGUAUGUUUAUGCAUUUCGUGGUGUUAAAAAGGGUUCCGAAUUAAGCAAACCAAUUGAUAAAAAGUUCUACAAAGGUACAAAUCCAAGUUGCCAUGACUUUAAUGCACAUGCGGCUACACCAAGUGGAGCGCCUCUCUUAGUUGGAUUCACAACAGGUCAAAUCCAACUUGUACAACCACAGCCGGGUCCACGUGAACUAAGAAAAAUCUACAAUGAAGAGCGCCUUAUUGACAAAACAAAAGUAACCUGCUUAAAGUGGCUACCGCGUUCGCCAAACCUAUUCUUAGCAUCUCAUGCAUCGGGUCAUCUUUAUUUAUAUAAUGAAGAAUUACCCUGCACGCCAACUUCGCCAAAUUACCAGCCUUUUAAAAUGGGCGAUGGUUUUACGAUUCUCACCUGCAAAUCCAAGUCCACUCGUAAUCCUCUCUACAAAUGGGUAUUCGGCACUGAGAAUUGCAGCAUAAAUGAGUUUUGUUUCUCACCAUGUGGCUCGAAUCUUGCUAUUGUCUCGCAGGAUGGCUUUCUGCGAGUCUUUCACUAUGACACAAUGGAAUUGCUUGGUAUUGCUCGAUCCUAUUUCGGGGGUUUCCUUUGCGUAUGCUGGUCACCAGAUGGAAAAUACAUCGUCGUCGGUGGUGAGGAUGAUUUGGUAACUGUGUGGUCAUUGCAUGAGCGCCGCGUUGUAGCACGUGGACAGGGCCAUCGAUCGUGGGUGUCUGUAGUGGCAUUUGAUCCUUACACAACAUGUUACUCCAACUGGGAUGGUGGAGAUUUCUCCGAUGAUGAAAAUCAGGUCAGUGAGUACAGUAACCACCGAUAUGGCAGUGGUAGUGACUCCAACCAUGGUUUUGACUGCACUACUGGCGUUGCUGGUGCAGAAAAGAAUUCCACACCCAAUUCAAGACAUCGGCCGAAUUCAUUCCGAGAAAGUUUAGCCCCCGACAAACUAGCCAUUAGCUAUCGUCUAGGUUCGGUCAGUCAAGACACACAAUUGUGCCUUUGGGAUAUAACCGAAGACGUUCUCCGGCAUCCGUUGACGCUCCGGCAGCGAGUCAACAGCACGAAUUUGAAUGAAACUGCCACCAAUACAAGCGGUUUCACCACAGCAAUUGGUAACAAUACCAGUGCGCAUCUAAAUGGAGACAUACAUGACAUUAAACUUAUCAAGCCAGUUGCAAUGACAUCCACUUCUAAUGUCACCAAUGGCAGCAAUCCCAAUUCCAAUAUCACCAAGGAGCAUGAUAGCAGUAAUUGUAGCAGUAAGCAUAGUAGUAAUAGCAGUUCGGGUAAAUUCUCAACAGCGAAUUGUACGUUAUCGUCGUCAUCGACAGCAUCCCCAGCAAACGAUACAGCAGCAGCUAUUCCUGGAUCAUCGGCGAUAAAUAUUGGCAAUGCAGCCGACAUAGUUAUAGCAAACAAAUCAAAUUGUAGUAAUAGUAGUAAUAGUAAAGCAUCUAGUAACCCAUUGAAAUUUCCCAACUGCAUUAGUGCAACCACAUCCGAUCUAAUCGAUGUGGGCAGCAGCAAUAGCAGCAGUGUUGGCAUGGGUAAUAACAUCAAUACGAAAUCAUCGUCCGGCAGUUCGUCAACCAAGUCGGCGGAUUCAAAUCUAUCAACGCUAAGCACUUUAACACAACGAGUAUCGAACUUUUUCAGCAAUGAAAAGAAGUCUUCAUCCUCGUCGACCUCAUCGUCGACAUCGACGACAACGGUUUUUGAUAACAGUCAAUCUAAUAACCACUACAAUCAUCAGAAUCAUCCUGGUGGUGGUGGUGGUGGACGACAUAAUAGUCAUCGAAAAUUGUUCAAGUCAUAUGUGAGUGGAAAUAAUAGCAGCAGCACUAGUAAUCACCAGUCAUCUUUUAUGACAGCACCAAAUAGUAGUGGGUGUAAUUCAGUUGAUGGUAAUAAUGGGAUUGGCAUUGGCGGUACUUUGAAAUUAGGAUCAAAGUCUUCAACACUUCAAUCGCCGACUGGAGCGAUUGUUACAUCGUAUGAUCCAAUGAAACUCAUCGGUACGCAAUCGUGUCCAAGGUUUGAUGAAUGUCCACUGUUGGAGCCGCUGGUGUGUAAGAAGAUCGCUCAUGAACGUUUGACGGCACUGAUAUUUCGAGAAGACUGUUUUUUAACGGCUUGUCAGGAUGGAUUCAUUUAUACUUGGGCGAGGCCAGCAUAUUCAUCGAAUGUUCCUCAACAUAUGUCGCCUAGUCCCAGUGCACCUCCAGGAGGUACAGUAGUAUAGUUUAAUAAAAUAAAUAAAUACAAUUUGUCACGAAAAUCUGAUAAAAAUAAUAAUACUAUUAAUUAAUAAUAAUAAUAAUAUAUAUAAAUAAUCAGCACGGUUAUAUAACAAACAGCAAACUCAAAGUAAACAAUUUUAUUCAUAAGAAGACUUUGAAAACAAACAAAAAAAUGUAAACUAAGAAUCCAACGCUACUUAACCUGCAGAGGAUUGGUAUUACACAUGUAAGCAAGGAACUGAUAAAAAAAUUAUUAAAAAAAAUUAAUACAAAAUAUAACAAAUGAAACAAACAAAAAACAGCUUAAUAGCUAAAAAAUGGCGACGAAUUCAAUAGUAGUACAUUAUAAAUUAACAAACAAAACAAAAAAAGAAAGAUAAGUGAAAUAGUAAACUAUUUGAAUGCGAAAAUGUCUUUUUAAUUUUUGUUUGUUUUUCUUUUUUUAUUUAAAUUUAACAUUACUUCAAAUCUUAAAAAAAAAUCCCGAACAAACUAGCCUAUUAUGUUAUCAAACCACAUUGUUAUUGUUAUUAUAUUAACAUUAUAGUAAAUGAAUCAAACAAAUGAAUGUAAAAUUUCAUUUUAAAUGAAAAAUAUGAAACGUAAAUUAAUUCUUGUCUUCUGCGAUUUUAUUAUGUGAACAUAAUAAUUGAAAAGAGAGCAAUUGCUAGGCAUAGAAGAAAAUGAACAUCAACUACCCAUUCCCAUGGCCCAUAUGGUCUCUUAUCUAUCUAAAAGCAUAACCCACAUAUUGAAUUCUGAGUUGCCUCUGCUUCAAAUUUGUUCUUCUAUGGAUUCUGAGCAAUUUGGAAUUGGAGAGGUCACAGUUUUUCUUAAAAACCUGAUGUCCUUCCAGGUCACCUUAUAUAAAACUUCUAGCGCUUUACAUAGUCGUGAUGAUAUCAAAUUUUAAAAUUACUCCAUUUUUACGGCGACUGUUUACAAUUGGACUCCUGAGUGUUCUAUCCAUGUUAAUCCAUUGCUUAAUAUACACGGCUGUUCUAAUUUCUAUUCGAAUUUUAUUUUCUCCCGUUUUCGAUUUUUAGUUGCUCCGAAUUCCGUAUUCGAAUAUAUUUUGCGGAUUCAUAGUCGUUUCGAAAAAAGAACGAAUCUACAAUCCCACAAAUUGUUGACUUUUUUAAUCCGGUAUCAAUUUGCUACCCGGAAAACAAUAUCAAAACAACCGACGAAACAGCCUUUUUUAAGCAGCUCUCGACACGUUGUUGUUGUGAGUAAAAGCGUGGCCCACUUUUAAAAUAGCUUUCUCAUUGACUCUUGCAAAAUAAAGUCUACUAGGGUGUCAGCUAUCUCUUUUGACUUUUGUCAAGGUUGAAUAAAAAUAGGAAAUCAAAAUGCAAAGCAAACAAGAUUGUUUGCCAAGUCGAAAGGGAAAAAGACAAUACUCCUACAUGAUUUCUUCUAGAACAUUACAAUUUUAAUAAAAUGUUAACAAAAUAUUAUGUUCACAAAAAAUGUAUAAAUUAAGAAAAAGAAUUUUCUCUGUAAACAACAUCAAAACGAAUAUUUUUGUUAAUCCUUAGAAAUCAUUUGUUGUUGUUUACCAUACUUUUACUAAGCUAAGUACUGAGUAAACAAUAAAACACGGAUAAAAUCACAAGAAUCAUUGGAAAUAAAGUUUCCCAAAUAUAGUUUUCGUCUUAAAUUUUGAGAAGGGCACGAGCAGAAAAAUUAACGAACGAAUCCUCUGCCCCAACUAUAAAAGAAAUAAGCUCGCAUAGACUUGUGUAAAAAUGGCAUGUGUGCGAGUAAGCGAACACACACAAGUCUUAUGGGACUAUCCAAAAUGCCUAUAUGCGUGAUUCUUUCAACUUUCGUUAAGAAUAUCGUCGGCUGAGUGUGAAAAACUGCUAACCCCACUUUAACACUUGUAACAAAAUUAUUAAAAAAUAAUAUAUUUCAAUAUGUUGGAAAUUCAAAACAAUAUAGUGUUAUUUUUUAGAUUUCAUAUUCAGCCCUAUCGUGAGUUUCACGUGGAAUGUUUCGCUCGGAAUUUCAAAAGCGAUCAUGAGUUUCAUCCAAAGGGAAUUUACAUUGUCCGCUAAACUUGUUUCUUGUUCGGCACCAAAAUUUAAGUGAGAUAAGAGCUGUCGAACACCUCGCAAAUUUCUCGAAAAUAAAGGAAGAACGUGAACAACUUUUCUCCAGGAACUCACAAUAAAGGAAAAAAGAAAUUGAAUUUUUCCGGGUGGAAUCUUGUUCACGUGAAACUCACGAUAGUGCUGACUAUUAAAUGUAUAAGAAUUGAUAAGAUUUGGAAGCUUUUUGUGUUUUUAAUCAAUUUUCGAAAUCAUUUUUAUGUGAAUUUAACAGGUAGAAGUAAACAGGUUUACACUUUCAGCCGACGAUAUGCCGUGCUCUCUGAAUUGCAUCCGAUUCUAACUAUUAUUUUUUAAAAAGAAAGUUCAUAAAUGUCAUUCGAUUUGUCGAAGAAUGUUUUCGUCAUUUUUAGAAUACAGUUCCUAAUCAUCGUUAAAAUAAGGGUGUACCAAUUAUAUUUCAAAAAAAUUUUCGAAGAUAGGACGAGAGAAUCAUUCUUGAUUUUGAACUCAUAACCCUUGUGUCUACUUUUAGUAAUUGCUACGGAUCUUUGAUUGAGUGUCUUUACUAUCCAAUGUCUCAAUUUAUAAUAAAUACCUUAUUAUGAUCUAGUUGUCAUGCGUAAUGUUGUUGUAUUGUAACAAAAAUUUUAUAUUUAAACGAGGGUUAACAAAACAUAAGAAAUUAAAAACGAAACAAAAACCUAUCCGUCCUUGCAAAAAUGUGUAAAGAGUCAAGCAUUACAACAUAGCUCAGCAGAUUGUUUUUUAUUAUCUUUUUUUUAUUGGCUGUAAGAUAAUAUUUGUUUGUGAUAGUCCGAUCAAAAAAAUAAAUAAUUAAAAAAAAAAAUAAUUUGGCUCUAAGAAUCUCUUCUGAUUAAUUGAAUAAAAAAUUAUUAUUAUUAUUUUGUAUAAAAAAAAAAAAAAAAACAAAUAAUAA